UCACACUGUGCAGUCUCUCUGUUUUGUUGCUUGUUGCUAAAAUCGUAUUCAUUAUUUUUUUUAAUAAUGGACGAUAGAAGAACUUUAAUUAAUCUAGACGAUGAAUCAAGCGAUGAGGAAGAUGCGAUCGUUCCUCAACCAAAAACGCUGCCUAGCUCAAAGCCUGUACAAAAUUUCGGCGAUUACCAAAACGAAGAACCGUCAACUAGUUCUUCAGGUGGAGCAGCACAAAGUAUUUCGGGGAAUAACCAUUUAAUAGAUAGUGAUCAGCCUCCGCUAUUAGGAAACAAUGCUCCUGAAAUUGCGCCUAAUACUCAAAUAAAUGGAAAUGUCAACGACUCGGAGCCCAUUUUCCAUCUAAGAUCCCGCACUGCAGCAGCAUCCACUCCCAAUUACGAGAGCUUGGACUAUGAAGUUUGCGAAAACACACUGUUCCAAGACGAACAACGAAAACGGCUGACAGAGCGCUUUUCCCUGCGCAAAGACGUCAUACGAUGGAUUAUCUUUAUACAGAUUGGCGUUAUUACCGCACUAAUAGCGUGCACCAUAGACAUCAUCAUCGAAGAGUUGUCGGCCCGGAAGUACUCCUUCCUCUACGAUUCUGUACAAAAGAACGUUCCGCUCAGUGAUGGUAGCAGUGGAGAUCUUGUGAUUCCCUACCUUUACUGGCUUCUCCUGAGCAUUGUGCCCGUGGCGUUUGGAGCCGCCAUGGUGACCUAUAUUGAGCCCAUAACCGCCGGCAGUGGGAUUCCACAGGUGAAGAGCUAUCUGAAUGGCGUGAAAAUACCGCGAAUUGUGCGAAUUAAAACGUUGGCAGUCAAGGCCAUUGGAGUGAUAACCUCAGUGGUUGGCGGCUUGGCCGGAGGCAAGGAAGGUCCAAUGAUUCACGCCGGCGCUGUUGUGGCGGCUGGAAUCUCGCAGGGCAAGAGCACCACUUUCGUUAAGGACUUCCGGGUGUUCAAAGCAUUCCGAGAUGACCACGAGAAACGGGAUUUCGUCCUGGGAGGCGGAGCAGCUGGAGUUUCCGCCGCUUUUGGAGCACCCAUUGGAGGAAUGCUGUUCUCUUUGGAAGAAGCGGCUAGCUUCUGGAACCAGAAUCUCAUUUGGCGCACUCUGGUGGCCUCCAUUAUCAGUGUGUUUACCCUGAACAUUGUGUUAUCCGCUUAUCACGGCCUAAACGACUUCACAUUCACGGGCCUUUUCAAUUUGGGCAAGUUCGAUCAGCCGUUGAAAUUCGACUACUUUGAGCUGCCCAUAUUUAUGUUCCUCGGUGUAACUGGCGGAUUACUGGGAGCUGCCUGGAACUCGCUUAACACAAAAAUCAAUAAUUUCCGAAAGCGCUUCAUUCCCUGGAAGAUUGGCAAAGUGAUCGAGGCGGUUGUGGUUGCCAUGAUGGGCGUAACUCUGGCUUGUCUGAUGAUCUACUUUAUUAACGAUUGUCGUCCGUUGGGCAACGAUCCCACUAAUAAUCCUGUACAACUUUUUUGCGAGGACAACGAAUACAAUGCCGUGGCUGCUCUGUGGUUCCAAACGCCAGAGGCUACAGUCCGAUCUCUAUUCCACGAUCCUCCAGGUUCGCAUAAAAUCCUUACGCUAGCCCUGUUCACAGUCGUCUACUAUGUGCUAUCCUGCGCCACCUUUGGACUCAAUGUCUCUUUGGGCGUGUUCAUUCCAACUGCUCUGGUGGGCGCUGCUUGGGGUCGUCUGUUGGCCAUGAUUACCUUCUACAUGUUUCCAGAGGCGGAAUUCCUACAUCCUGGAAAGUAUGCUCUAAUUGGAGCAGCCGCCAAUUUGGGCGGAGUUCUGCGGAUGACCAUUAGUCUGUCUGUCAUUUUAAUGGAAACCACUGGCGUGGAGAGCUCAUUCUUUUUCCCCUUAAUCAUUGCACUAAUCAGCGCCAAAUGGGUCGGUGAUUACUUUAACGAGGGCAUCUACGAUACACAGAUACAGGUUAAUCAUGUACCCAUGUUGACAUGGGAACCCCUACCGCAAUACAAGGGCCUCACAGCUAAGGAAAUACUGAGCAGUCCAGUGGUCUGCAUCAAACUUCGUGAUAGCGCUCAUUACAUAUAUCAAAUGCUGAAAAAGUGCGAUCACAAUGGAUUUCCCGUGGUUGAUGACGUGCAGGGGAAUCGUCGUUCUGAGGGGCGUGUGUGUGGCAUUAUCUUGCGAUCGCAGCUGAUUGUUAUCUUGCUGAAAUCAUUGUACGUGGAGAACAAACGAUUCUGGCUCCCAGAGACAUCUAUUCAGACUUUCAGAGACGUCUAUCCGCGUUAUCCUUCAAUCAAGAGCGUUCGCAAGCUAGAUGAUAAAAUAAACUACACUGUGGAUUUGUCCAUGUUUAUGAAUCCUUCACCCGUGCGAGUUAAUCCGCACGAUUCGGUUCCCAGAAUUUUUCAGAUUUUUCGGGCUUUGGGUCUGCGUCACUUGUUAGUGAUUAACAAUGAGAAUCGCAUUGCUGGCAUUAUAACGAGGAGGGAUUUUAUUUACAAAUAACUUUUAUAGUGUGCAUUAAAUGCAAUUUUGUGAGUGUCAGUCGAAUGGCCUUUGUCUGUAAAUUAAAAGAUAAUAAAUAUUUUAUAUUGCUUUGUAA